ACCUCGGUAAGAAAGGGCGCCUACCUUUACCUUUACCUCCCCUUAGCUAGCAUUAUUUCUACUUAAACUCGCCCCCCCCCCCCACAAAAAAAAACCCCUUCCCCUUUUCUUCCUUUGCUUUUACCCGCUUUGUUUGGUCCCUUUUUUGGAGAGAAGGUCCACUUUUACGCACAGGGAAACACUGGUGACAAACCUCCCUUUAACUCGGGACACUUCACCUUUUUCUUUGGACCCCCCCCCCCCCUUUAGCCAGCAACACUUCCCCCUCCAACGUCCCCCACUCUAAUCUUUCUCCCUUCUUUUCUUUCCCCAACCCUCCAACUCCUAUUUUUGGAGAGGAGAUCUACUUUUACGCACAGGGAACAUUAUUUUACGCACAGGGAAACAUUGGAGACUGACCUCCCUUUAACUAAGGGACACUCCACCUUUUUCUUUGGGGACCCCCCUCCCCUUUAGCCAGCUAUAGUUCCUCCUCAAACGUCCCCCACUCCCGCCUUUCCUCCUUUCCUUUUCCCACCCCUCCAACUUCUAUUUUUUGGAGAAGAGAUUCACUUUUACGCACAGGGAAACAUUAUUUUACGCACAGGGAAACAUUGGAGACAACCCUCCCUUUAACUCGGGGACGCUUCACCUUUUUCUUUGGGAACCCCCUCCCCUUUUAGCCAGCUAUAGUUCCUCCUCAAACGUCCCCCGCUCCAAACUUUCCCCCUUCUUUCCUUUCCCCACCCUGCCAACUUCUUCUCGGUCCUAUUUUUGGAGAAGAAACCCGUUUUUAUGCACAGCUGAGUCCUUGGGAAACCCCCUCCCACCCUCUCAGGGGACCCCUUUUCUCUUAGCCAGCGUGACUCCCCCUUCAAUUCUCCCCAAACCUUCUCUAUUUCCUUCCUUCCUUCGCUCCACAUCUCCCACCUCUCUUCCCUUUCUGCGUUUCCUCUUGCUCUUGACUCACUUUGACGCACCGGCGAGGGUUACCCAUUUUUCCCCGCACUUGGGGUAGACCCUGCUUUCUCCCUAUUAUUCCUCCCUAUCACUCUCCCCAUCCGCCUUUCUGACCCUUUCCCCAAAUCCGGAGCCACUCCCGCCUUUCCCUCUCCUCUCAACGCCUCUCUCCGAGCUUCCCUCCCUUUGGGUUCUCCAAAGUGUCCCUUCGGGCUCCGGAAAAAGCGGCCCUUCCUUCCUCCCGGGCUUGGAGUCCCGAUGAAGAGCGGGGGAGGCGGCGGAGGAGCCGGCGCCGCUGCCGCCGCGGAGGGUCCCGAUGGCGAGGGGGCCGAGGGCGAGCGGGAGCCCCUGAACCCGGAGUCCACGGAGACGCUCGGCGUCUCGGCCACCUACCGGGAGUUCGUCCGGCGCAGCUACCUGGAGCUGAUGAGCGCCAACCAGCACUCCCUCCACGCCCUCAACUGGCGGCGCCUCUACCUCAGCCGCGCCAAGCUCAAGGCCUCCAGCCGCACCUCCGCCCUCCUCUCCGGCUUCGCCAUGGUGGCCAUGGUGGAGGUACAACUUGAGGACUACGACUAUCCCCGAGAGCUGCUGGUCGCCUUCAGUGCCUGCACCACCGUGCUGGUAGCCGUCCACCUCUUUGCCCUCAUGGUCAGCACCUGCAUCUUGCCCAACAUCGAGGCCGUCAGCAACAUCCACAACCUCAACUCGGUCAACGAGUCUCCCCACGAACGCAUGCACCACUAUAUUGAGCUGGCUUGGGGCUUCUCCACUGCCUUGGGGAUCUUUCUCUUCCUUGCCGAGGUGGUGCUGAUCUGUUGGGUCAAAUUUAUGCCAGUCGGGCGUGCCAGUCCUGUUGGGCAGUGCUGUCAUCCUGCGCCGGUCCCUACCGGUAAUGACACAACUCCAACUGUGGCUCCUCCAAACAAUUCUGGGUGGAACGCUGCCAUGGCCUCCACCGUCAUCAUGGUUCCGGUUGGUGUGGUCUUCAUUAUAUUUGCCUUGCACUUCUACCGGUCCUUGGUUGGGCACAAGACAGACCGGCACCAACAAGAGCUGGAGGAACUCAACCAGAUCAAGUAUCAGUUGGACGGAGAAGCCACGGCAUUGCAAGUGGUGUGAAGGAUUGAGUGGAACUUGCAACUGGUGAAAGCCUUUGAGGAUGGUUAUUUCUCCAAAGAUGUUAGGCCAUCUCACUCAUCAUGACUUUGAGUUGGAAGGGGCAGUCAUCGGUACAGCUGGAACUUAACCAAGAAGCUACUGUGACCUCUCUUUACAGGUUUUUCUUCACUUGUCACUGUUUAACAUUCACUCAUGUUCUAUCAGAAUACCAAAAAGUAAAAAGGUUUUGAAACGUGGAAUGCUUUCUCCUUUUGCUGUGGGAAUUAAAAUAUUCUGCCCACACUUCCACAGGCAACAAAAUAUAGCUUUGAAGGAAAGAGAGUCCAUCUGUCCCCCCAGGAGGAAGCACAAGGACUUUGCUUAUUUGGGUACAGUUUGUCUCCUCUUUGCAUAUCCCCCCAACCCUUGGGUAUUUUGCCUAGAUGAUUUGAUAUUUAAAAAUGGAAGAUAUGUAAGUUGGGGAAAGUUGGACCAGUAAUUCCCUUGUGUACUGUGCCUCCCAUCCAGAACCUGUAUGUUCCUUUUUUGGAAUACGUAUUCCAUAGUCCCCACUUUUAGGAGUUCUAAUCAAAAAUGUACUUUAUCUGUCACAUAUUGUCAAGUGGGAACCAAAAAGUAUGGACCCAUGGCAGUUAAAGCAGUGCCAAACUGUAUUAAUUCUGGGUUGCUGUGAGUUUAUGGCCAUGUUCCAGAAGCAUUCUCUCCUGAUGUUUCACCCACAUCUAGGGCUGGAAUCCUCAGAGAUUGAGAGGCCUGUUGGAAAUUAAGUAGGUAAGGUUUAUAUAUCUGUGGAAUGUCCAGGGUGGGAGAAUUAAUUCUACAGUGUACCUACAUCUUAGGGCUUGGAAAAGUUGUAGAAUGAAAGCCAUACUAAAAAGCAAAUGUUGUUCAAACCUCUGUUUUUUUCUUUCUCCUGCAAACCUCUAGCAUCACCAUAUAGAAAUGUAGAUAUAUUGCAAAGAGAAACUAUGAGAGAAUAAGAAGCGGGCUUUGCAUGUUUAAUGCUUGGGAAAGGGUUGGCUGUAGGCCACGGAGAGAAAGUAGGUGAAUAGGUUAUCUCACUAUUGCUUGUUGACUCAUUGCCAGACACUCUUUGCUAGGCUGCCAGAACUAUUUUUCUCCUCCAGUUUUGUACCUGUGUUGCUGAACCAGCAGCCACUUGCUGACAUUAUCAUUUCCAAAACAAUGAAGAGGAGCCCUUUGCCAUUGCCUACCAAUAUCAAGGUCCAUUCCUGCAUGACCGCUUCCAAUUUUUCAAACCAUGCUGUGGUUGUUAGGCAAUAUUUGUGUUUUCUCCCCCAAGAGCAAAUAAGUUAAAAGCAGAUGACAAAGUCCAGUAGCAGCAAUGGGACACCCCAGGCUUCUACCCACCAAAAAUUGAUGUAUGCAUUGUGUUGUCGAAGGCUUUCAUGGCCAGAAUCAAAGCUUCUGGAACAUAGUCAUACAGCCUGGAAAACUCACAGCAACCUGAUGUAUGCAAUUUUUUUUUU